CCUUAUUUCCCAACACCAGCUACGUACUCUCUCGCCUAUAUAAACACUAUUGGGCCCUCAGAACUCUCAAGCAAACUUCACAUAAUUUUUUUUAGUGUUCUCUCUGAAAAACACACAACAUGGUUUCUUGGGUUAGAGGAAAGUGCGUCGGCAAAGGCUCGUUUGGCUCCGUCAACUUGGCUUUCAACAAACAAACUGGUGCCGUUUUCGCCGUGAAGACUGCCAGUGAAGCAAAUCAAGUUCAAGCGUUAGACAGCGAAAUCAAGAUUCUAAGCUCUCUAUCUUCUCCUUUUAUAGUUAAAUUCCUCGGCGACGACGUAUCGUUUGAGAACUCGAGAGCUUGUCGGAAUCUUCACAUGGAGUACUUGCCCGGCGGCACCGUUGCUGACCUGGCUUCAUCAACUCAACGUUUCGCUGAUGUGAACGAGGAGACUGUUCGGUCAUUUACUUACUGUAUAGUCUCUGCUUUGAAGUACAUACACUCUAGAGGCAUUGUUCACUGUGAUGUUAAAGGACGGAAUAUUCUAUUGGGUCACAGUUUCGAUUCCGUUAAACUAGCAGAUUUCGGGUCCGCGAUUGACGCCACAUGCGGCGAGCCUCUCUUGCCCCGUGGAAGUCCGUUGUGGAUGGCUCCGGAGGUGAUUAAACGAGAAUACCAGGGACCGGAAAGUGACGUUUGGUCUUUGGGAUGCACAAUUAUCGAGAUGGUCACUGGAAAACCGGCCUGGGAGGAUCACGGGGUUGACUCGCUAAGUCGAAUCGGGUUUUCAAACGAGAUGCCCGAGUUGCCGAGUCAGUUGUCCGUACUCGGUCAGGAUUUUUUGAAGAAGUGUUUGGAGAGGGAACCAAGAAAGCGGUGGAGCUGUGAUCAGCUACUGAAGCAUCCAUUCUUAGCUUCCGUGAGUCCUAAUUUGUUGGGCAACGAAUUGUCUCCACGUUGCGUACUCGAUUGGUUUAAUUCAGAUUGCGAGGAAGAUAUUGACGUAACGGAACGUGGGAUGAGUUCGGGUUUUGAGAAUAUUGAGGUUGCGGCUAGAAAUAGGAUUGGUAAAUUGGUGGCAAGUGGGGGGGUAAAUUGGGAAACAAAAGAUGGCUGGGUGGAGGUGAGGAGCUGUUGCGGGCAUCGUGGAGGAGGAGAGGAGGAAGAAUUGGGGACAAGUUCGGUAUAUUCUUCUGACUCGGCUCGGAUAAGUGAGGAAGGGUGUAUAAAACGGGAAGUUUGUAAUUCCAUUGGCAGUGAAUUACACGUUGAUGGGUCUAACAGGUCGAUCUCUUGUGGAAUUUGCUGGUGUGGUGCGGUGUGCUCGGGCGGGAAAGGGGGUGGUGGUUUGGGUUGUCAUUAUGGGUCACACAAGGUGGAGCUAUCGGUGGAGGGGUGUGAGUUGCUGGUGUUGGUAGGGAUUUACCACAUAUUGUUGUGUAAUUUGUUACUGUACUUACUGCAAUUUAUGAGAACAAUAAGACAUAAUUUUAUCCUUUAUUCUAAACUUUUAUUACUGGGUUUAGUUCAUGCAUGUGAAUGUGUGUAUAUCCAGCUGUGUUUUCAGUCCAGUUAUGGAGUCGUUCUGCUCUUUACAGGGUGUAGAACUACUAUUCUGACAUAUAGUUAGUCACUUUAUA